ACAGACACCAUCUGCGCACUCGCGUUCUCACCAGACAGCUCGCUGCUUGCCUCCGGUUCCCACGAUCGCUCGAUCAUAAUGUGGAAUGUGUUUGCCGGCGAGAAGACUGUCGCGUUCGAUAGUCAUGACGGCUUCAUCGACACGCUUGCGUUCUCUCCGGAUAGCAAGAAACUCGCAUCCGGGUCAGUCGACUUUAUAGUGCGGAUAUGGCACGUGGAAAGUGGCCGACAGCAAUCACUGUGCAAGGCCCAUAACGCUCUCGUCAUGGUUGUCACGUUCUCUCCCGACGGCACACAGCUCGCUUCCGGGAGUGCCGACUGCGACACGCGUGUGUGGGAUGCUGAGACUGGCGUGGAAAUAUGUGUUCUUAAGGGUCAUCAGGGCGUGCUCUACUCUGUCCAGUUCUGGCCUGACGGUCGCCGCCUGUCCGCGGCGUCAGACGAUGGCAUCAAGCGUGGUCUGGCACGUCCAGCCUGGCGG